AUGCAAUCCUCAAGUUCUCCUCCGGGCCGGGCCGCUCGCUCGCCGCCGCGCCGCUCCCGCUCGACACCACGUCGCUCUCGCUCGCCGCCGCCUCGCUCCCGGUCACCGGAGCGCCGUGUACUGCCUGCCGACCUGAGCCAGCCCCCGCCCGGAUACACUGCGCCGCCGCCACAUCAGUCGGCCAUCAACUACAGCAGCGUUCCCUUGGACGACCCUCUCGCCGAGUUCAACCGUCUGAUGCGUCAGAAGGACCUGCGGGACGGCCGCACCAAGCGCCGCUCGUUCUCACCGCGCGGCCGCUCGCUGUCUCCUCGCUCUCUGAGCCGGUCCCGGUCGCGCAGCCCGCCGCCUAAACGGCGUCAGUCCAGGUCGCCGCCGCCCCGGCGCCGCUCGCCCAGCCGCUCACCGCGCCGGUACAGCCGCUCGCCGCUGACCAGUCGCCGCCAGAGCCGGUCGCCGUCGCCGCCGCCUCGACGACGCCGGUCGGUGUCGUUCUCUCGCUCGCCGUCCCCGCGUAAGGUGCGUCAGCUGUCCCCGGUGGGCCGGCGACCGCUCAGCCCGGCCGGCGGCUACGGCCGGCGCGGGGAGCCCAGCCCGCCGCUCGGCUACGGCCGAGAGCCGCCGCCGCCCAUCGCCGACCAGUAUGGCCGGUACCGCGCCGGGGACUACUACGGGAUGCCUCCGGCCGCCGCCGGCCGCGACUACCCGGGCCAGCGUCCGCCCGUGGGCGCCGACUACUACCCGCCGCCGCUGGGCGGGGGCGGGGGCGGCCGCGGCGCGCCGGCCGGCACGCGCGGCCGCUACGGCCAGCCGCCGCCGCCGCCGCGCGGUGUUAUAGGCGGGUAUGAGUCGGCCCCGGCCGCCUGGCAGGACGGCUACCCGAGGCACUGA